AAAGGAAUUCAGGCGAUAACUAAUAUAUCUAAUCGUUAUAAUUGUGGCAUUUGUCUUGCACGAGCAACUGGUUAUCAUUUUGAAGCACAGUCAUGUAGUGCAUGUGCAGCAUUCUUUCGUCGUGCCAUCGUGCAUCGAAAAGUAUUCAGCUGUAAAAGUGGUCUUAACAACUGUACUGUUCAUUAUUGUAUGUCAUACUUUUGUAAAAUUUUUAUGGAAAAUUUUCAUUUCCAAAGUAAAGUCUUAGAACGAUUAGUUGUAGAAGAAUUAAAAAUCAGUGAACGCCGACGAAUCUUAUUUUGUGAAAGACCACUGGGCAGUAUAUUGGGGAGAUCUCAGCCUUGCCCAUACACUGCAGAAGAAAUAUUUCCAUUACGAUUUCGAAAAUUCCGUAAAUCAAUACGAACACACAUUCUGUUGGUUUAUGAAUGGUUGAGAAGUUGGCCAACAUACGAUACUUUCAGUAAAUUUGAUCAGAUAACAUUUUUAAGAAAAUGUGUAUUGUAUCAUACAAUUCUGGAUCCUUCUUAUCUAACUCUACAAAUAGGAUAUCCAAGUCGAUUUAUUAUGCAAAAUGGUGGAUUUCUAGCAGUGGAUGAAAACUGCAAGGAAGGAUGGGAAGACGAAAAAGAAAUUUCUGGUGCCACAAAACAAAAACAGUUAAUGUCAGAAAUAGUUGAACCGAUGGCUGCAAUGAAAAUGUCUUUAGAAGAAUUUGUCGCACUCAAAGCAUUUGUUUCUUGGAAAGGAAACGCCAUGAAGAAAAUGCUCGAUGCCUUAUGCAAAUCACUCCAUCAGUAUUACGAACACAACAAUCGAAGUGAUUUAUCCGAACGUUUUGGCAAUAUCAUUUUGCUGCUAUCUUCCGUAUUUGCUACUGGUGCGCAGUUUGUUGAAAGCCAUCAUGAAGUAGCUUUUUUCGAUCUGUGGCAAUUGGAUAGUCUGCUCGUUCAACUCUUGAAAUGUGAAAGUGAUUGA